GACCUGAGAGCUGUUGCCCUCCGGGGGACCGAGGCCGGACAGCCCCCAGCAGGCUGGCCGAGGAGGAGGCUCACAGCAGCCAUUAUGGGAUUCUGGGCCACUUGCCCUUCCUUCUCCACCAUCCUCUUCUUCGUCGUCAUCUUUGUGGUGUCCACCAUCUUCCACUGCCACCAGCGCCUGGCUCUGGUGCCCACCCCCUGGGCCUCCCCAGGCCACGUGGUCCUAGUGCCCAGGCACCUCCCCCAGGGCGGCAUGUUUACCAUCAACUCCAAAGGCCGCCUGGGGAACCAGAUGGGUCAGUACGCCACCCUGUACGCCCUGGCCAAGAUGAACGGGCGGCCGGCCUUCAUCCCGGCCGAGAUGCACAGCAAGCUAGCCCCCAUCUUCAGAAUCACCCUCCCGGUCCUGCACAGCACCAUGGCCAGCAGGAUCCCGUGGUGGAGCUACCACCUGAACGACUGGAUGGAGGAGCGGUACCGCCACAUCCCAGGGGAGUAUGUGCGCCUCACCGGCUACCCCUGCUCCUGGACCUUCUACCACCACCUGCGCGCGGAGAUCCUCCGCGAGUUCACCCUGCACGACCACGUGCGGGCGGAGGCCCAGAGGUUCCUCCAGACCCUGCAGGCCCGGCGAGCCCGGCAGGUGACCUUCGUGGGGGUCCACGUGCGCCGGGGGGACUAUGUCCAUGUCAUGCGGCAGGUAUGGAAGGGGGUGCUAGCCGAUCGGGCCUACCUGCAACAGGCCCUCGACUGGUUCCGGUCCCGCUACCACACCCCGCUCUUCGUGGUCACCAGUGACGACAUGUCGUGGUGCCGGCAGAACAUCAACAGCUCCCUCGGGGAUGUGGUGUUCGCAGGCAAUGGCCUACAGGGCUCUCCUGCCAAGGACUUCGCGCUGCUCACACAGUGUAACCACACCGUCAUCACCGUGGGCACCUUUGGGGUCUGGGCUGCCUACCUUGCAGGAGGGGACACUGUCUACCUGGCCAACUUCACCCUGCCCGGUUCCCACUUCCACAUGGUCUUCAAGCCACAGGCGGCCUUCCUGCCUGAGUGGGUGGGCAUUGCGGCCGACCUCGGACAGGCCGUUAAAAACAGCCCCUAG